UGGACAUGAAGUUAGCCUUUCCUUGACUAAUUAUCACAAAUCAAACAAAAAUAAUAUCAUUACCUCACUCUUCUAUGGCCUGAUGAAGGAGCUUCGCCCUGACUGAUUUGGGGAGAUGGGAAUACUAAGCAUAACAGACCAGCCACCUCUAGUCCAGGCAAUAUUCAGCCGAAAUGCAGAAGAGGUAAAGUUUUUAUUGCACAAGAAAGAUGAAGUCAAUGUACUGGACCAAGAACGGCGUACCCCUUUGCAUGCAGCUGCUUGUUUGGGUGAUGUUCGCAUCAUGGACCUCCUCAUCAAAUCGGGUGCUAGUGUUACUGCUAAGGACCAAGCAUGGCUCACUCCCCUGCAUCGGGCAGCUGCCUCGAGGAAUGAAAAGGCAGUGGGCUUGCUGCUGAGGCAGGGUGCAGAGGUCAAUGCCCGGGACAGGCUCUGGCAGACACCGCUGCACGUGGCUGCCUCUAACCGGGCCACGAGGUGUGCUGAGGCUCUCAUGCCCCUGUUGAGCAGUCUGAAUGUUGCAGACAGGAAUGGUAGAACAGCCUUGCACCAUGCAGCCUACAGUGGACACACAGAGAUGGUGACCUUGCUUCUGAACAAAGGAGCAAACCUGAGCGCCAGUGACAAAAAGGACCGGAAGGCUAUUCACUGGGCUGCUUAUCUCGGGCAUUUGGAGAUUGUGAAGCUCUUGGUGUCUCGCAACGCUGACGUGGCCUGCAGGGAUAAGCGGGGUUACACUCCUCUGCAUGUAGCUGCUAUUAGUGGGCACAUUGACAUAGUCAAGUACCUUCUUCGACUUGGAGCAGAGAUUGAUGAACCAAAUGCCUUCGGGAACACUUCCCUGCACAUGGCCUGUUACAACGGGCAGGAGGCUGUAGCCAAUGAGUUGGUGAACCGUGGCGCCAAUGUGAACCAGCCCAACCUACGAGGCUGCACACCCCUGCAUCUGGCUGCUGUCUCCACCAAUGGGGCCCUUUGUCUUGAGCUGCUAGUCAACAAUGGUGCAGAUGUCAACAUGCAGAAUAAAGAAGGGAAGAGCCCAUUGCACAUGGCAGCCAUUCAUGGGCGCUUCACCCGUUCCCAGAUCCUUAUUCAAAAUGGUGGGGAGAUAGACUGUGUGGAUAAAUACGGCAAUACUCCUCUUCAUAUUGCUGCUAGGCAUGGCCACGAACUGCUCAUCAGCACUCUGAUGACUAAUGGUGCUGACACAGCCAGGCAAGGGAUUCAUGGGAUGUUUCCAUUGCACUUGGCGGUGCUUUACGGGUUUUCAGACUGUUGUCGAAAGUUACUCUCCUCAGGUCAGCUUUACAGCAUUGUGUCAUCUUUGAGUAAGGAACAUGUGCUGUCUGCUGGGUUUGACAUAAACACCCCAGAUAGCCUGGGGAGGACCUGCCUGCACGCUGCCGCCUCUGGAGGAAAUGUGGAAUGUCUUAACUUGCUGUUGAGCAGUGGUGCAGAUCUGAUGAAAAAGGAUAAGCUGGGAAGGGCACCCCUGCACUAUGCAGCAGCAAAUGGAAACUUCCAAUGCAUGGUGGCCCUUGUGAGUGCCGGACCCGAGGUCAACGAGCUGGACCUGAAGGGGUGCAGCCCCCUGCACUACGCUGCUGCAUCCCAGACCUUCCGCAGAUUGGACUGUCACCACUUUGGCAACCGCCAGAGCAAUGAGCGAGAUAAGGAAGGUCUGCUAUGUCUGGAGUAUCUGCUGGAUAACGGGGCUGACCCAGGCCUGCGCAACAGCAAAGGAUUCAGCCCUGUUCACUAUGCAGCUGCCUAUGGCAACAAGCAGAACUUGGAACUGCUCUUAGAAAUGUCCUUCAACUGUUUGGGAGAUGUGGAGAGCAGUUUUCCUCUGAGCCCUUUACACUUGGCUGCAUAUAAUGGUCACUGUGAAGCUCUGCGGGUGCUGGCUGAGACUCUGGUGAGUCUGGACGGCAGGGACAGUGGUGGGCGCACAGCGCUUUAUCUGGCUGCCCAGAGAGGUCAUGCUUCCUGCGUGGAGGUGCUCCUGGCUCACGGUGCCUCUUGCUUCCUCAAGGAGCGGGCUCGCAAGUGGACACCCCUCCAUGUCGCAGCUGCCAGUGGCCACACGGACUGCUUGUACAUGCUGAUGAGUCGUGCUGAAAAAGCUGACCUCAUCGACCUGGCAGAUGUACAGGGCCAGACUCCGCUGAUGUUGGCCACCCUGGGCAGUCACGUGGACUGUGUCCACAUGCUUCUUGAGAGGGGGGCUAAGCCUGACACAGGGGACAGGCAGAGUCGCACUGCCCUGCACAGAUCGGCGGCAAUGGGCAGUGAGGAGUGUGUGUCGGCCCUGCUGGAGCACGGCGCCUCUGCCCUGUGCAGGGACACCCACGGCUGGAGCCCGCUGCAUUCUGCUGCCACCGGUGGACACUUCGAGAGCCUGCGGCUCCUAUUGCAGGUGGCUGUGCAGGAUGACCCUCUGGACUCCCUGCUGGAUUACAGGAGCUACACACCUGCUCACUGGGCAGCCUACCAUGGGCACAAGGACUGUUUAGAAGUUUUACUUGAACACAAACCAUUAAGUAUCCAGGAAGGAAAUCCCUUCACUCCACUGCACUGUGCAUUAAUGAAUGGUCACGACGCAGCUGCUGAACUGCUGGUGGAAACAAUGGGCACCAAGAUUAUUAACCUCAGAGAUGCCAAAGGAAGGACUCCCCUACAUGCAGCUGCUCAUGCAGAGAAAGUGUCUGGGUUGCAGCUAGCAUUGGUCUGGGGUUCAGAGGUAAACUGUGUUGAUUCUUCAGGCCGCUCUGCACUGAUGGUGGCUGCAGAAAACGGGCAGACAUCUGCUGUCGAGAUCCUGCUUCAUCAGGCCAAAGCAGACCCAUCACUGCUGGACAACAACAACAACACAGCACUACACUUGGCCUGUAGUCGAAGCCAUGAAAUGUGUGCCCUACUGAUUUUGGCUGAGAUUGAUGACCCUUCCCUCAUCAAUGCAACAAACAAUGCUCUACAAAUGCCCCUGCAUAUUGCCGCACGAAAUGGCCUUGCCACUGUGGUGGAGGUGCUCUUAAGUCGAGGCGCCACAGUACUGGCUGUCGAUGAGGAAGGUCACACCCCGGCUUUGGCGUGUGCACCAAAUAAAGAUGUGGCGGACUGCCUGGCACUCAUCCUCUCAACUAUGAAGCCUUUUCCUCCCAAAGACCCCACUGCUGGUACCAACUACAGCCUCAGUUUGUUAAAGCACUGUGGCAUUGUUGCCACUCAUCAUCCUUUGCCCAAUGGCAGCUUACGGCACAGCUAUUCCAAGGAACGUCACGCCACUGUAGGGCUGGACAGCUGCCUAACUGAGUGAGAAAUAAACACACAUGCAUCCUCAGCAUCCUACCCCUAACCACAAUGUGCUGAUUCCCUUUUCCGUACUGUUCAACCCGGUACCGUUUCUAACUACAUCUGCCUAACACUUAUUUAACCCAGUACUCUCUAUAUAAGGGCAGGAAUGUACUUGUUUGUGUGUGUGUGUGUCUGUGUGCGUGUGCGUAUGAGAUUUUGUGUGCACACACGCAUGCAUAAGUGCUGUCUAAAUUUUCCUUAACUGUGCAGUCAAACCUGUUGUAUAUGCAAUUAUUGUCCCCGCUACACCUCAACAGAAUGAUGACAUAUUUCCUAAGUUUCCUUCAAAUCCAAAAUGUCCUUUGAGAAGAUUUGAUAUCUUAAAAAAAUUACACACAAAGAGCAUCUAUAAUACAGCUGUUUUAGGGAAAAACCUUUACAUAGAAUUGACUGUACAUGGAAUUGAUGUAUCAGCCCCGAACCACCAUCCUGUUUCAUCACAGCAAUCCCACUUUCUUUUGCUGAAAAUAAUGAGGGUUGUCUGCACAUUACUACAAACGGAACACCUUAAAGACUGUGUGGUGUUUGUUUACUUGCUGUUUGUGUUUGUUUCUCAAACAUAAAUUAUUUGGUUAAUUCUC